AUGCCUGGAGAAUGUCUGAAGUAUGUAAAGAGAUUAAAGAGUCAAAAUGGUCCAGAAAAUUUAAAGAGUUUAUACGACCUAAAGAGUCUAAAGAGCCUAGAAAGUCCAAAGUCCAAAAAAUCGAAAGAAUCUAAAGAGCCUAAAGAGUUUAAAGAGUCUAGAGAGUCUAAAGAGUUUAAAGAGUCUAAAAAGUCUAAAGAGUCUAAAGAGUCUAAAGAGUCUAAAGACUCUAAAGACUCCAAAGGGUUUAAAGAGUCUAAAGAACCAAAAGAGCCUAAACAGCCUCAGGAGCUUAAAAGGCCUAAACAGAGGCUAAAGAAUUCAAAGAGUCUAAAGAGUUUAAAGAGUUUAAAGCGCCUAAACACCCUAAAGAAGCUAAAGAAUCCAAAGGGUCUUAAGAGUUUAAAUGGUCUAAAGAGCCUAAAGAGUCCAAAAAGACUAAAGACUUUAAAGAUUGUAAAGAGUCUCGAGAGUCUAUAUUACCUAAAGACCCUACAGAAUCUGAAGAGUGACUCUAAAGGAUCCAAAGGAUCUAAAGAGUCUAAAGAGUCUAAAGAAUCUAAAAAGGCUAAAGAAUUCAAAGAGUCUAAAGAGUUUAAAGAGUUUAAAGCGCCUAAACAGCCUAAAGAAGCUAAAAAAUCCAAAGAGUUUAAAUGGUCUAAAGAGCCUAAACAGUCUAAAGGGACUAAAGACUUUGAAGAUUGUAAAGAGUCUCGAGAGCCUAUAUUACCUAAAGAAACUACAGAAUUUAAACGGUGA